ACUCAUCUUCAUCCACAUCAUAAUUAUUAUUCAUCUUCUGGAUCCAAUUCUGAUAUUAGGAGAGAUUCACCUUACACUUAUAACCGAGGGGGUGCUAGUGAGAGCUACAAGUCAAACUCUGCUUCUAGCUCAAGAUAUAAUGGUAACCAUGAUCACAUGAGUGCAAUUGAUACUGCACAGGUACUUCGCCAGCAACAAUUACACCAACAACAAUUACAAGAACAGUAUUUAAAAUCAAAGCAAGAAGAGGAAAAGAUACCGGAAUGGAAAAGAAAGGAAGACUUUUUUGCCGCUUUAGGCCUAGUUACCAAACAAACUCUUAAAGAAAUUCAAAAUAAAAAGUGUGAGCGUAAAAGACGAACAACGGCCAAUCCACAAUUUAGUAAUGCUGCUAUCGAAGCUAAACGUAUUAAUGCCAUGGAAGUCGCCGCAAAAAGAGCUAAACGUCGUGAAAUGGCCGCUUCAGAGAGAAAUGCCUCCGCUCCUCUUACUCGUAUCGCAAGAAGAAAUUCUCAGGUGCCUAUUGUACCAAUUCAACAAUCUUCAAUAAGGUCUUCUCUUAGACCCUCGACAGCGAGCUCUUCUCAACCUGCUGGCUCUCCAUCAUCAUCAUCAACUACUCCCUUCCACCAAAAGGCUGUCUUUAGACAAUUCCCGAAUUCCCCUUCUACUAAUAUGACCGUCGCACCGGACAAAAGUCGUAAUUUAGUUGAGAGACUUAAAUCAAGGUACCAAUUACAUACUUCGCCAUACCAAAUUAAUCGCUUACCUAACUCAUCAUCUUCAUCUCACAAUAAUAUCAAUAACAAUACUUCUAAUAAUAAUAAUUUAAGAUCAGUUAAUCUUACCGUUGCUAAACCUUUAUUGGUUAAGACGGUGCACAAUUGUUACGCAUGUUAUGAAUCCUGUGACCCCGAUUUGGAUGCAAUUAUGGCCUGUGUUGAUUGUAGAUGUUACUUCCAUGCUACAUGUGUCGCUAGUGUUGAUGAAAUUAACAAAACCAAUUCGGUACCUUGUCCCAGCUGUGAUAAAGAAACAUCAACAACAUUCGAUGGUUUUAAUUCACUUCCAGUCUCUGAUGAUCUCGACUCAAAUUCAGGAAAAAAUAUCAGUAAACCCGAAAGAGAAAAACCUAUUUUAGAGGAGGAAGAAGAAGAUGUAGAAGAUCUCGAGGAAGAAGAAGAACGUAUGGAGGUAGAAGAAAAUUUGACCAUAAAGAAUAACCCUCCUCGUCCAAAGGUUUUGACUCUUGAAGAAAUUCAACGUAAAAUUGGCCAAGGUAAAAACCCAAUUAUUGUGAUGACUAAAGCUGAAUUUCUCAAGAAUCAAGCGAGAAAUCAACCGCAAAUUACUAUAAAAACGAGAGAAAAUUUAUUGACUCGACAGAACGAGAUUGCAAAACUCAUCAAUGAAGGUAAAAAGCGUUACAAUGAACUGGCCGUUACUCUAAAUGAUUUAAAAGAGGACAAGAUUAAAUUAAUUCAAGAGAGAUCAAAAAUUCAAGAUUGUCUGAAAAAAGUCACAAAUGUAAUCAAAUUGGUGAACGAGUCUGAUGUUCAAAUUGACCAAGCUAAAGUUAAAGACCAAAACAAAGCCCCCGAAGAAUCUUCUGUUGAAGUAAACGACAAGCCAAAUGAAACCAAUGGAUCGGCAAUUACAUCUUCUGGAGAGCAGAAAACAGUAGAAAGCGAAUCUUCAUCCUCCGACGAUGAUUCUAGUGAUUCCGAAGAAUCUGAUGAUGAAGAUCAAUCAAAUGUUACAAAAAAAUCAGAUGAAGAUCCUGAAAAAUCUCCUAUACCAAUUGACCAGAUGAAAGAUGAAGCAGUUAAUGAUAUAAAUAUUAAAGAUUUAGAAGAAGUUAUGGAACAAGUCAUACAAGAACAUGAAAGCACUAUCUCGGUAAUUGAAGAGGAAGUAGAAGAAUCACCAGAAGAAGAUAAACCAAUUGUUACUCAGGUUCUUGAGGAGGAGGCAGUUAUAAUCGAUUCCGAAAUGAAAGAUGUUGAAAACUCGUUGACUGUUGAUGAAACUAUUAAAGUGGAAGAAGGUCCUUCUGAGGUGGCUCAGGAUGUCGCUGAAUUUGCUGUUGGGGAAGAUGCAAUUGUUCUUGAAGAAAUAGACGAUAUUGGUGGAAAUGAAGUUCUAAUAACCACAACGGUCGAGGAAGAAAGCAAUAUGGUUAUUCUUGGUAGUGAAUCAGUUGCAUUAGAAAAAUGUAACCAAUUCGACGACGAAACAUCAGCUGCUGUUGCCUCCAUACAAGACUUUGAAGUUGAUAGUUUAUGAUUUUUGACCAGUAGUAUUGAUAUUGUUUCUACUCUCAAAAUUGCUGCCAAGAAAAUUGACUCUCAUCUAAAUUCUUAAACAAAAUUACCAGAGGCCAAUCAAGUGAAAGUCCAUUCACUCAACGAAAGGCAUCUUGUUAUGUGAUCUUCUCUCUCAUUAUGGUUUAUCUAUUUUGAUUCCUCUUCGAUUGUUUCUCUUCUUAUCCUUGAUACAACACAAGAGUUAAUCCGUGACAAUUAUUUAUACAUUUUCAUGUACCGUGAUCAAAACUUGUUCUCAAUGUUGUGUUUCCAAGGAUUGAUUGAUUUUCUGAUAUAUAUCUACUUCAUCACCAAAAGGCUUAAGUUGAGCCAACCUUUAUCUCGUCACUUAUUCACUCAUAAUCUUAUUCCUCUCCUUCGAGGUAACUGCAUGCAUAUAACCAAACCCAGAUAAAUAAAUUCUGAAUCUUCAGAUGUAAUGAAAUAGCAUUCUCAAUGGCAAACGAUUUUCACAAAUACAAUUUCUAUUUUCAACUCUUUUUUAGUUGACUAUCCAACUAAUCACAAA